UGAUCUUGAACUCUCAGCCUACAAAGAUUACAGUUGAUGAGCUGACUCCUAUGACUCUGAGAUGUGAUGUUGACAGUAAUCCAGGAUCUGACAUCAAACUGUUGAACAACUCACAGACUCUGCGUGAAGUGACAAACUCUAAACAGGCUGAGUACACGUGGAACGAGGCUGGAUGUCUGGAUACAGGAAACUACACGUGUGAAGCGGAAAACAACAUCAAGUCAGCUGUCAGUGAACGUGUGCAGCUUGUUGUUAUAUGUUCACCUAGACUAGACCAUCGAGUUCCAUUCCAAAAAGAGUUUGCAGCACCAGUAGGUGGUAAUGUAACUCUGGUGAUAUCAGUGAUUGCCAACCCAACACCCACAUUCGCUUGGUACAAACUGACUGAUGGAAAGAAAAAUAGACUUGUGUCUGGUGGUUCAGCUACAACUGACAUAUCUGCUGUUGAAAACCUCACACUGACAAAUGUUCAGCAGGGAGAUAUUGGUACCUAUCAGGUUGUGGUGUCUAAUGGUGCUAAAAACACAGAUCUUCUGAAGAACCUGACACUUGAUGUAGCAGGUCCUCCGAAUAUUCCUCCUGAACUCAAAGUAUGGAGCAGUGAUCCACACUCAAUGUUGGUUGUUUGGUUAGAAGGAUUUAACGGAGGCUCAGAGCAGAUGUUUAUUGUACAAUACCGAGCAGACACAACACCACAGUGGAAGAAUCUUACUGAAGUCAUUCCAGGAAAAGGCGCUAACACGAUUCAGAAAGCUGUUAUACCAAAUCUUCAAUCAAACACGAGAUAUAUCGUGCGGGUUUUGGCUUAUAAUGAAUAUGGAUACAAAGGCUUUACUGAGGAACAGGAAGCUUUGACUUCUCCUUCAGGUGAAUCUUUUCUACCAGCCUCAUCAAACGAAGUAACUGGCUCAGGGAUUGCAGUCGGGAUUGUGAUUGGAAUUGCUAUCGCUGCUGUGGCAGCGACUGUCUUUGUUAUUUUGUGGAGACGAGGCUAUGUGUGUGCAUCUUCAAAAUCAGAUGGGCAGAAAUCAGAAGAUAAUGUACAUCAACAUGCACAGCUAGACGACAGAAGACGUGGAAACAAUCAUGAACUCGGUAAUUCUGGUGACCAGACAAACACAUACGAGGGACUUGGAACUCGAGAAGAUACGCCGUAUGCAAAAAUGGAACUUUAUGAAAAUCUUAAAACAUGAGAAACGAUCAUGGUGAUAUACGUCACAGGAUUAUGUUGCAGGACGAACUCGUAACUCUGAAACAUUCUUUUGGACUUUCACGAGGACAAGUCACGAUAUGCUUAAAGGCACAUCAUUGACUGAACUGAUAUCUAUGCAAUACCUGAUAUUUGGUGUGACAAUAAUCUAUACCUUUAACCGUAUCUGUGAAGAAAUGUGAGGAAUGGUGCCAGAUAUCAGUAUUGGUUAUUUAAAGACACAUUGUUGCAAAUCAUUGACCUAUUUAAUGGCUUGACAAAGUAUUACAUGAACAUAUAUAUAUUUAAAUUAAAAACUAAAAUUAGUUGCAUUUUAAAGACAAAAGAUGCGUUUGUGUUAUUAUAUGUUAGUUUUGUAACCAAAACUAGCGCAGGAUUGAACACAUUAGAAUAUAUAGAGCUGUCAAUAGAUGCGCCAACGAAUCACUGUCAAACCAGUGAUGAUAUCAGGUGUUCCAGAACGGUGAAUAUAUCCUGUUCGAAGGUUAGCACCCGUUAUGAGUACUGCCAUCACAGCUGUUAAGUCCCAAAAGACAUGUAUAUGUUCUAUUCUCCAAUGAAAGUUGGUGGCGGGAUGUAGCCCAGUAGUAAAUCGCUCACUUGAUGCGCAGUCGGACCUGGCUGUGGUAAAUCAACAUAAAAUAUGACAAAUGAAAUAUCUUGUAAACGACAAAAGAAAACCCCCAACACCUAACAAAUACAUUAUCACAGAUGUUUAUGCAUGCAGAAAUAACUGUUUUAACAUUCUGAAUAAUAUGUGUUUUAUUCUUAUGUAAUUUAGUUUUUCUCGUUUUGUAACAUGUAUGUCUGUGAUUUGUUAACUUUGGGUCGUCACGGGUAAAAACUAUAU